GCAUACAUGGAAGGAACAACGAUACACGCUGUGGAGAAGCUGGGCGAGCUGUUGGGGAACUACUCGGAGGAAAUAACGUUAAAAUGGUCUACACUCAAGCGCUGGUGUUCGGUAACGGGAUGUCCGUCAGGUGCGAGCAGGAAAACCUAGUGGAGGGUUUGAGGUUUCUCCAAUACUUCAAAUCAGACAAAGAGAAACUGAAGCCCUGCGGCAGACUCAUGAAAGCACAAAGUUCAUCAAGUCUGGGAUCUGAGUGCAGUUUGGAAGAGGAAGAAGGUGAAGAUGUGUGUCUUCAGCUUGAUCUCUCCAAACUCAUUGAGAAGUGUCUCUUUGAUGCCAAAAGGGCGAGUUUGCGCUGCCAGGAGCUGCGUCUGCCCAGACGCAUGACCACGCGUGUGGCUGGAGACAUCCUGCGCGCAUCCGUGGACGAGCCAUGCGGGAUACGCGGCGCCUUGAUCCACAUGUUCAUGGAAAACAAGGGCACACUACUGAAGCUGGGCAUGGUGACACCCGAUCAGAGUGUCACACCCACCUUUGAGCUGUCGGUCAUCUUACAGUCUGACUUGAACGGAUGGCCACCGCUAAAGAACCUCUUUGGAGGUGGUAAAGUCUUAAGCAUCAAACGGGAAUACCGGCUGAUCAAGCGGAAGCUCUACUCAUCGGCCACUCCUACUGUACUUGAAUUUUAUUAAGAUGGAUUGACAUUGGAGGAAAAUUACAAUGUCUCAGGAGAAUUUUCAUCAAAGUUUUGCACAGUAUUUCUCACUGUUACAUUCAUUUAUUUCCGAGUAAACUGAAUCUUCUAAAAACGUGUGUAAUACUUUAUAAAAACUGUCCAGAAUAACAUUAACAAUUAUUUAAGCAAUAUCAUACAAGCAGUAUGGAAGCCCUUUUCCACCACAUGGAAAGAAAAGUGUGCUUUUGACUAGUCAGAAUUAUGAGAUCAUAAGUCUAGAUGUAUAAGAUAAAUGAAUAAUUAUGACUUGCUAUCUAAUAAGUUAUCUCAGUUAUAACUUAGUAUCUCAUAACUAUUUUUUUUAAUGUCAUUAUUUACUUGCUUUCUCAUUAUUUUGACUUAAUAUCUUACAAUUCUGACUUCAAAUCUAAUAAUUAUAACUUGAUUUAGUAUUUCAUAAUUGACCUCAUGAUUAUGACUUGCUAUGUAAUAAUUUGUACUUUUUAUGUCAAUUCUGACUUGGUAUUUCAAUAAUGACAUGCCAAAGCAAAUUUAUUUUUCAUGUGGCAGAAACAGACUUCCAUACCAGUGAUUUUCAACUGAAUAUUGCUUUAUACUGAUAUUGCUCUUAAUAAAACCGUUAAAACUAGUUUAUAUCAAGUAACUGACAUUUCAGAUGCAAUAUGUUUCUGUUUGACCAUCUGUUUAUUCUCACUGUUGCUAUAAUAUUGCACUAUAUAAUGCUUAACAGAUCAUUAUAUACAUAUAAUAGUCUAAAAUAUCAUGGAAAUCUCGAUUCAGAUUUUUUUUCACAUAUGAUCUUGCUACUUUAUAAUGAAAGUUAUUCAUAAAUGUUACUAUAUCUAUAUAUGCUAUAUCUUGAAUUUUUGUAAAAGACACUAUUGUGCCACUUGUUUUUUUUGUCAGAUGAAACCCAAUGUUAUAGUGACAUAAGAAGUUGAAUAUGACUUUGAAGGGUGUUACCACUACAGAAUGUUCAGUUUUGAUUCUUCAGUAUUGUUUGCACAGAUGUUGAGGGAUGUAGGAGGGUUCAUAUAUGAAUCACUCCACCACACUAUAUGUUGACAUCACUGUAAAUUAUCUCUGUGUUUUGUAACUUCAAAAUGAAAGGGACAAGCUGGCAUUGUCUCCCAGUUAACCAAAACAGUUUUUUAUUUAAAAGCACAAUGAAAGUUUAAUAAAUUAUUCUUAAACUAA